AUCAAAUGUAACUUUAAAAACUAUUUGAUCUUUUAAAAGAUUAUCACAAGACCAGAUCAAAACAAGUAUUUAGCACCRUCAAUGUGUCCAGCCAGAUCCACCAGCUGAAGAUGAUUAAAGUCUAAUCUAGGCAAUCUAAUCCACACUAUGAAAGCAUCUUAUUUUUCAAGAUUCCAGUCCAAUUAACUACCACACGUUUUACUGGGUUCAUGGGUGUCUUAUGCAUCUCAGUGUCCAUUCAGCCAUGAAAGAAAGCCGUCUUCUGCUUCGAUCUCCUCCUCCACUCUCUCCGURUUGCCCUCUUCUCCGUGGGUAUAAAAAGGACAGUUCUUUACCAGCUUCACUUCAUCUGGAACCUCCAGCCUCAUCAAUCCAAACUACUGAACCACARACGGCCUGUGAGUAUCAUAACGGGAGUUUACCAACUUAAGUAUCUGGGUAUAGCAUGUAUCCUGCUAAAUGCUGUGUUACGGGAGAUAACUCCAAGCAGUGAUUUCAAUAAUCUAAAAACGGAAAUGUCUUUGGAGGCCACUUAAACUCUUGCCAACUGUCAAAAUGCCUCAUGUGAAGGGUGUUAUUCACCUUUUGAAAGGUGGUCCAUUGAAUGGCCCAUUWUUGUACUAUUUCAAAAGCUAUUCAUUUAUACAUUUUUGCCAUGGAAAUAUUUGCUAAGGGAAUUUAGAAAAUGCAAGGUAUAUAUUACAUUUUCRGCUAAGCAGGGUUUAUUUACUUAUUCUUUAUUUCAGAAUCAUGAGCAGGAAUUACAUGUCCAAGUAUGAUGAGAUGCGUAAGGGAGACUACAUAUGGUCCAAUAACAAGGAAUACAAGGCAGUUUUCCAGGAGGACGGUAACUUUGUCAUCUAUGGCUGGKGGCAGAUGUGGUCCUCUGACACCGCCGGCCAGGUUGACGCCUACCGCCUGUGCAUGCAGGACGACUGCAACUUUGUCAUGUACAAGAGGGAUAACAAGACGAUGUGGCAAACCAAGAGCCAGGCUCAAGGCAAGGUCAAGAUGUGCCGCAUGUACCUGCGCAACGACGGCAACCUGGUCGUUGAGAAGGACGGUGAAGAAAUGUGGAACUCUUCUUCCUCCAAGGGCCACAAGCAGUGAA